UAUGGCAACGGAGCCGCCAUCCCCGCUCCGUCUCGAGGCGCCCGGCCCGCAAGAAAUGCGGACCCCACCGGCCAACGAUGCCGACCCCGAGGGCACCCCGCCAUCGGCGGCCGGCCGGCCGCGUUUCCUCAACGGCUGCGUGCCCCUCUCGCAUCAGGUGGCCGGGCACAUGUACGGGAAGGACAAAGUGGGCAUACUGCAACAUCCAGAUGGCACAGUUUUGAAACAGUUACAGCCACCUCCAAGGGGCCCCAGAGAGCUGGACUUUUAUAAUAUGGUUUUUGCUGCUGAUUGUAGUGAUGGUGUUCUUGUAGAGCUACGAAAAUAUUUGCCCAAGUAUUAUGGCGUCUGGUCACCUCCUACUGCACCAAAUGACUUAUACCUAAAACUGGAAGAUGUGACCCAUAAAUUUACUAAGCCCUGUAUAAUGGAUGUAAAGAUAGGGAGAAAAAGCUAUGAUCCUUUCGCCUCUUCUGAGAAGAUUCAGCAGCAGGUCAGCAAGUACCCACUAAUGGAAGAGAUUGGAUUUUUGGUGCUUGGCAUGAGGGUUUAUCAUGUUCACUCAGAUAGCUAUGAGACACAAAACCAGCACUAUGGAAGAAGCUUAACAAAAGAAACUAUAAAAGAUGGAGUCUCCAAGUUUUUUCAUAAUGGAUUCUGCUUAAGAAAAGAUGCCAUUGCAGCCAGUAUUCAGAAGAUUGAGAAGAUUCUGCAGUGGUUUGAAAACCAGAAGCAGCUUAACUUCUAUGCUAGCUCAUUAUUGUUUGUAUAUGAAGGUUCAUCUCAGCCACCUACAACAACAAAGUCAAAUGACAGAACUUUGGCAGAAAAGAUAUUAUCCAAAGGACAACUAUCAGAUACAGACGUACUGGAGUACAAUAAUAACUUUCAUGUUUUAAAUUCCACAGAAAAUGGAAAAAUAGAGUCUUCAGUAGGCAAAAGUUUAUCCAAGAUCUAUGCUCGGCACAGAAAAAUGUAUUCAAAAAAACAUCACAGUCAGACUUCAUUGAAAGUUGAAAAUAGGGAGCAGGACAAUGGGUGGAAAAGCAUGUCACAGGAACAUUUAAAUGGAAAUGUACUCUCCCAGCUGGAGAAAGUUUUCUAUCACCUUCCCGUUAGUUGCCAAGAGAUUGCAGAAGUAGAAGUGCGAAUGAUAGAUUUUGCUCACGUGUUCCCUAGCAACACAGUAGAUGAGGGAUAUGUUUAUGGUCUAAAACAUUUAAUUACUGUACUUAGAAGUAUUCUAGACAAUUGAAUCUUUUGCCUCAGUCUUUUAAGGAUAGACCAAUCAUAAUGAAGAACAGCAGUCAUUUCUGCACCUGUGAUGCUAUGUAAAAAUUUGUAUUGUGAGUCGAGAUUUUAUUUGUCUUUAUACUUUUGGUAGAAAGGUUAACUUUUUUAUAAUCUUACUCAGGAAUACUAAUAGGUUCAUUAGAAAACUAUGAAGAAUAAAGAAAGAGGAAUAUUAAAUAGGGAAUGUCGUGGUACAUGACUUAAACAACAUCUGUUUGGCUCAAGCAAAAUGGAAAUCAUUGUUCAGCCAUUACGAGUUUCUUUAGCUUUCUGUAGCCAAUUUUAUCAUGAAAUCUCUGUCCACCCAACCCUGACAAUGAGCCAUAUUUAAACUAUUCCAUCAUCAAAACACCUUUAAAUAUCUACAAAGCACAGGCUAAUAUCCUCAAUAUUGGAUGUUUAAUGCUAAGACUGGAGAAAAUUCUACUUCAAAAAUAGGGUUUUAUAUUAAAAGUUCAGACCAGCAUAUUAAAAGGUGCUUCUUAGUGAAAUGAUUCCGAAUUGUUGCAUUCCAAAAGCAAGUUUUCCUUUUGUUUUCAAUGUCUGUACAUAUUUCAAGUCAUUAUACUUCAUGAAAAAUCUUACCACAAUUGGCAGCAACAACAAAAAUCCUGAAGGCCGGGGCACUGGUUAUUUUAUCAGAGUUAGAAGAAGAAAGAAGUUAUUUGCAAGCAACAAUGUGUUUUUCUUGUAAGUUCAUUUAUUUAAUGACAAAAUUGGAAUCUACUUACUACAUUGUGAAAAGUAUUAUAAAUAGUAUAAUACUUUUUUCUUAAACUGAGAUGUCAGCUGUGGGUGGUUGAAGCUUUUUAUUUAUCAUUUAAUAUUUUAAAAAUUUGCCCUUUCAAGCAUGUAUUUCUAUGUCCCUAUUCAGUUAAGCAAUAAUAUAAAUGUAUGUUGUUAAAAAUAGUGUUUCUUAGAACUCAAUUAAGCAACAUACAGUUGGGUAAAUUGUCAGAAGUACCAUGUAGCAAUUAAUGCAUAAUGUAGACUUUGGUGCAUACUUAAAUCUGUGCUUCGGUUUUACUCUUUAGUAAAGGUUGUAUGUUGUAGUCUGCAUAAGAAUUUUAAUUUUAAUUGCUGGCAGGGCAAAAGGUGAUGCUAUUUUUCUUGGAAAAACUUGAUUUAUAAAUACUACCUUUGUUUCACACCCACUACCCUUUUCAAAUUAAUUGUCAAUGAAAACAUUAAAAUUUGAAAUUAAGGUAGUUAUACAUUGUUACUUUUUUCUUCUUUUUCCCUUACAUUCAAGUUUUGAUUACAAGUGCCAUUUUUUGUAAUGUUGAAGGAAUUUAAGUUUGUCUUACCUUUCUAGCCUUUUCUGAGGGCAGUUUGCAAAUACCUGGAGUGCAAAGAAAACACCCAAGUAAAUAAAUGCUCUGUGAGUUCUAUGUUUAGUAAGACUAUUAAACUGGAAUGACUCUAAAAUUCAUGUGUAUUUUAUAAUGUUUUAUUUGGAAUCACUAUGAAGUGUUUUCCAUAGAGGCUUUAUGUUUUCUUUACUGCCUAAGUGAGUACUAACUAUAGAUACAUAUAUUUUUUGCUUUAGGGGAAUGAAUAAAUAGAAAAUUUCAGUUUCCCUUUUUCUUAUACUAUGGACUUUUGUUGUUGUUGUCAUUACUUGGCUACUGGUCCAGAAAUUCUGAACUUCAUGCAAUAAAUACUAUGUGGAUUCUUGAGGCUGUUUUCAUGGGAUGUUUUCAUCCUAUGUACAACAAAUUUAAUAAAAUUUCAUCAGAUUCUUUGAAAAGUUUAACUCAAUAAAUCAGUUCCCGGUUUUCUUCAUCUAAUCUUUGGAAAUACAUUUCUGUAAAAUCACUGUCUUAACUUUUGUGAUAGAUCAUGUUUUGUUAUAAUAAAAAAUGACAUACUUUUAUUUUUCAGGGAAGGGUUUAACCUUUAAUUCUUUUUGUUUACAUUUUUUAUAACUGCUUUCCAAUGCCCAUCUUAAUGUUACUUUUUAAGUAAGUUUACAUGUAACUAAUAUUUUUGAUGUAGUAUACAUGUGACUAUUUUACUAUGUAGUCCUGUUUGAAGAUUUUGUUAAAUUUACCACUGUAGGAUGAGUAAUCACUAUUUACCAAGGAUAUUUGAACAUUAUUUAAGAAACAAUAGGAUUAUUAAUCCUUCUUCUCCCCCCUCCCGUCAAACAUGAUUUUAGUGUCUUUUUUGUGUGGCAUGUGCUCAUAAAAAGGACUUUUAAGAAACUGUGGAUGUGAAUACAUUUCUCAAAAUUUUAAAUUAUAAAAUAGUUUUAUAAAAAUACUUACAUUAACAUAUUUUAAUAUGGAUGGAAGUUGCAUAGAUUUAAGUAAAUUAAAAUCAGUAAUAAAUAUUUUAUUUAAAUAGUUUUCAAGAAACAGUUAUGAGAGCGUGUAUAUUAAAUGGCUCUGUCAUGGAGCUUGUGAUACUCCAAUCAGGACUUGUGAUUCUGUUUUGUGUCUGGAAAGAUUGUUCUUACUAUGCCUCUCCAUGCAAUAGUUUGCUACUGUGGACUUAUAUGGUAUCAAAUGAGUAAAACUUUUUCUGAAUUUUGAUUAGAAUAAUUUUGUACUUUAUGAUUUCCAACAUACAUUCUGCACAUCAUGCAUAUAAACUCUACCAAGUUUAUAACAUUUGAAAAAGAAAGGAAUUAUCUUAGUUGCAAUUUUUCUAACUGAAAACUUUUUCAAGGGCGUAGGAUAAACGAAAACUAGACCAAUGCCAGAAUUUUAUUGUGAAAUGAUAGGAAUUGUGUCCACUGUUUGAAGUCAUUGGCUAUUGUUUCAGUACCAUUUUCUUUUAGAGGCUAGUAUUUAAAACUUGAUUUGCUUUACAAAUUGUUUACAGUGCUUUGUGAUUAUCUACCUUAUCCAGUGCCUUUAACCUUGAUUUUGUUGUGGUAGCUUCAGUAUCCUGUCAUGUUUUAGUAGCCCAGGAAACAUACAUUUCUUUUUUAAGAAUUGGUUAUUUGACAAGGUAGCAAUUGCUUAGAAUUGCUCUGAGAAAACAAGUGGAUUGCUUUGGAGUCCCAACUUCUUAGUUUGGAUGUCUACCACGAGCCAAGCAUCUUUACCCCCACCCAGUCCCAGCACACAGGAUGAGCAGACAAGGCUCUGCUAUUUCCAGCAUCCCAUCUAGGUAGAGUGAGAUUAAGGACUUAAUUAAAAUAGUGCAAUAGAGAAAUCUGCAUUUCAGAAUUAAAGGUAAAGCCUAAGUAUUAAGGAAGAUGCAAUGUUAGAAACAAUCCUUUCCAGAGUGAUAGCCUCCAUUGACUUGAGUUGAAGUAGUUAUAAAUACCAUAAAAAAGCCUUACUUUUUUGCUUUCUUGCUACUAAUGGUACAUUUACUUACAUUAUCCCUCCACAGAAGUGUAUAAAACUUACUGUGAAACACAUCCCAUUGUACAUUCACAAGCAAAUUGACUGCAAACUUAAAAAUUGUGUUUUACAACUUGGUACAAAUACUUUAGGCCUCAAUCCUAUCUUCAAAUCACUGAUUUUAAAUUGGGCAAUGGAUAUGAAAUUACUUUUUAACUAGAAUGAUUGCACUAUAAAAUGUUAUUAAUAUUUUAGGAAGGUUGGAGCACCAUCUUUUGUUUUUGUGUAUUCUCCACUAGGAAAUAGUACUCAUAAUGAAACAAGGAUGUCUGUCUUCAAAAUUUAAUUUAAUUUUUUUUUAUUUUGUGGUUAAAUUUUGUCCUGGUGUUCACUUACAAGAUAAAUUGUUUAAUUUGAGGUGAAAUGGUCUUAAGUGAUGUAUUACAAACCGACAGAUAAACAUGGCGUGCACAGAGACACUUUACUAUGGGAACUGUACUGGAAGUUUUUGAAAGCAUGUGAAAUCGCACCUAAAAUUGUGUUACUAGUGACUUUAAGCAGCAGUGCUAAAUUUCUUGUACUUGAAUGUAUUUAGUCAAUUACUUCUGUUUAAAUGUCUAUUGUCAUUUUGUUUUUUACCUGUUUUUGUAAUUUGUGCUAUUGAUGGGGGGAUAUUCUUGGACUGCAGGGGUUACUGUCAAUGUGUGAUUUGUGUUUUUAUUUUGUAGAAUCAUCUAAUGUGAUAUACCAAUUUUAUAAGUGAUAUUUAGAUAAUUCUAAUAACUGUAUAUUUGACAACCUAUUAAAAUGUUUUGCAUUGGA